CAUUCAAAUAAACGCAAAAAUCGCAUUGCAAAAACCCAGACAACAAUAGCACGAACCCUAAUUUUACGAGAAAAUUUUAAUCACAACAAUAAUCUUCGUUGAUGCAUGCAUGGCGGAAAUUCCCACUCUAGUAGUUCGAAAACCCUGUUUUGAUCUUCCAACUGGUUGCCCUCAAUGCCUCUCUGCAUAUAUUUAUCUCAAUUUCGCCAAAAUCCCAUUCCAAUUGAACUUCCAUGUAAACCAUCCACAUUCCGAUAAAAUUCCUUAUUUUGAGAUUGGUGAUGACUAUGUGUUGUAUGAUAAUGAGAAUGAAGGAAUCAUUCAGUGUUUGAGGAAAAAUGCUGGUGUAGUUGAUUUGGAUAGUGAGGUUUCUUCUCUCCCUGAAUGGAUUACAAUUAAAGCGGUUAUCACAACUUGGCUUCAUGAUGCACUUGUUUAUGAACUCUGGGUGGGAUCUAAAGGUUCCUCUGCUUAUAGUAUCUAUUAUUCUGAUCUUCCUUGGCCCAUUGGGAAGGUUCUUUCUUCCAAGAAAACUCGUUUGGUGAAACUCAAACAUGGGAUAACUGAUGACAAUGCUGUAGCUAAGAAAGAAGAGAUUUAUGAGAGGGCAAACUCUGCGUACGACGCCCUAUCAAAAUUGUUAGGUGAAAAGAACUACCUAUUUGGGAACAGGCCAUCAAGCUUGGAUGCUAUUUUUCUCGCACAUGGACUCGUUGCUCUUCAAGCUUUACCGGAAUCAUCUACACUGCGGAACAAAUUUUUGGAACACGAUACUUUAGUUAGAUAUGUCCGAAAAUGUAAGACUGAAAUUAUAGAAGCUGGUCCACAAACUCAUACGGAUGCAUCAUCGUCGGGUUUCAGAAUUCCUUCAACUCAGAGACAAAAAUUUAAGAGCGAACCGAAAAGGAAGAAAACAGACGAGGAGAAAAGGUUUAAAAGUAAGGGGAGAUAUUUUGUUGCAGCACAGUUGGUUGCAGUUGCUGUUUUUCUCACACUUAUGAUAUCAUUUGAUUUUGCUGAAGUGGAGGUAGAAAAUGUUGAUGAUCAAGGGUGAAUAAAGAGAUCCACAAAUGACUCAUACAUUUUCUUUUGACUGCAAUUUAGAGAAUGAGAAAAUUAGCAUUCAUUACAUAUGGUCCAAUAUUUUGUAUACAAAAGUAUGGUCAAACAUAGUACGUUGGUUUAUAUUGAUUGAGCUGUAAGAAAGGAACCAUGUAUUGAGUGAGUUUGGUGGCUUAAACAAGUUUAGUGAAGAAGUUUUGAUUGUCUUUUACAUAUAAUAGCAAUAAGGGGUAAUACUAUCUUGUGCGUA